UGCACUACAUGCAUCACUUACCCCUCCUUAACCACAGCUCUCCGUCUUUUGCCCCUUCCCCUCUUCCUGCUAUCCCUUUGAUUGUCCUCUCCGUUUCUGACAACGACAAAGGCUAUUCGCGGUAUUAGUACCGGUCUGAGUGCCAACUUGUACCUCGAGUUCUUCAUUGCGAAUGGCCUGGCCUUUGUCUCUCUUCACCUCUGGCGACCCAGCGGGGGCUCUCUCAGAGCCAGACGAUUCGGGAGACCAGUCGGAGAAACGGAGCACAUUGGAAGCAUCCGUUGCCGCACUACUGCGGCACUAUGAGACUCCUGGUGUUUCUCUUCCACCCUCCGCACGUGUUGGAGAUCCGAAGCUCAAACAGAAAGAGGGCGUUCCUCUGAAAAUUUGGCAGUUCUGGCAGUAUGGUGCCUUUGCCGCUAUGAAGGGUGAGUUUUAUCACCUUCAUCAACCUGGCGAGCCUGUGUCGGUCGAUGCGACGUCUUAAGAGGAGUGACGUGCCCUUUUGUCUUACUCUUGAUUAUCCCUGAUUGACAUCUCCGGUGCUAUACUCUCACAUAGCAUUCGGGGACCACCAAGGCCAUCAUGGGGCAUUGAGAUGACCCUUCUGUCGACUAUAAUGCGAGAUGUCCACCACCAUUCUCAUCUUGCGGACAUUACAACAAUACGAUUACUCAUGAGUGUAACGGGGCUCGUUCCAGUUCCGUCUGACGCGUUAGUGACGCCAGUGACCUUCCGUGUGCGCAAACGAUGUUUGCGAGGGAUCCUUUCCGACUUUGAUAGCAUGGAGGAUGGCACGCGGGAGCUUUCUGGCGAAUGGGUCGUUGGGCAUCGAACUUGGCAACGAUUGCAGCGUGAAUGGAAGAGUUCGAAACGCACCAAAGCUGAUAUGCCUCCUAUGCCGAAUGAUGACAAGAGCAAGACUAAACGACGGGAACGACAUCCUCCGAAACGCAAAGAGAUGGUUGUUCUUUAUUUGCACGGAGGUGCUUACUAUACGUCCAGUGCUGCUACUCACAGGCUUAUUACGAUACCCCUUGCUAAGGCUCUCGAUGCUAGAUUGUUCUCUGUCGAUUAUCGUCUUGCUCCUGAGACUCGUUUCCCAGGUCCAUUACACGACGCCGUUUCGGCGUACUUUAGAAUGAUUGAUGACCUGCACAUUUCCCCCUCCAAUAUCAUUGUGGUCGGAGAUAGCGCCGGUGGAGGACUUUCGCUCGCGCUGAUGAUGUAUCUUCGUGACAAUGGGUACCCACUUCCUGGUGGCGCGAUUCUCAUGUCACCUUGGGUUGAUCUUACUAUGAGCUGCGAUUCUUGGGAACUUAACGCUCAAUAUGAUAUCGUACCUAAACCUCUGCCGGGCGACCAUCUCAAUCCCAUUGCCUGCUAUCUCGGUGAACAUAUGGAAAAGUAUCUUACUCAUCCAUAUGCUAGUCCGUUGUUCGGCGAUCUCAAGGGUUUGCCGCCGAUGUUGAUUCAAGCUGGAGAUGCGGAAGUGCUUAGAGAUGAGAUUACCUUGUUGGCUCAUAAGGCAACCUUGGCUGGUGUCGAGGUUCGGCAUGAGCUUUACGAGGAUGCUGUUCAUGUAUUCCAGUCAAUCCCGUUCCUGGAAACCUCCCGACGAGCUUUCCUUUCAGCUCGAGAAUUCGUCCGUGAUGUCUUCCCCGGUGCUCAAAGCGACUCUCGCCAAGCUCUCGAAGGUCAAGCGGAAGAAGAGCUCGAGCAGGAGAUCAAUAACAACAGCGCUAGGGUCGUUAAGGGUGAUGGCACGGAAUGCAAGACUGCCAGUGAAGACAUCUCUGCUGCCCUUGGAGUAACUUCCACGGACGACGAGUCUAGUUCUUCGAAAGGUGCCGACACGCCUGAGGAGGAACCAAGUUGGGUUACACCGUGGAGUUCACCUCAAGUCAGUGACUCGGAGAAGGAAAAUAUUGUGGUUACUGAGCCGCAAGGAAACGCGCCUCGUACAAAUGCCAAGUCUUUCCCUUCUACUCGUCGGAACUCCACCGCUGCAGCUCUGCCACCAUCGGCGCCACGUCUGACGCCAACCUCUGUCCGCCGACGAAGGUCAAACUCUCAAAUUCUCUUCCCCAAGGACCCUGUAUCCUCACGAGCACCAACACGACAAUCUUCCCGAGAAUUCAGUCAUCGCUUGUUCACUCUGAGCAUGUCCUCAUCCACGGCACCACCUCCACGUCCUUCUAUUCGACGUUCACAUACUAGUCAUCCGGAUAUCACUUCGCUUUGUCAACAGUGGGCUAACAAUGGGCCCGCGAAUCAGACUUUGACUUACAAGCCUGAGAAUACUGGGUUGCCGAGACGAAAGCAUUCGCUUACGCUUUCACACUCGGAUGCGUCGUCAUCUAACGACGUUGCAACCUCGAGCCCCUGUCUAGCGCAGCAGAAGACGAAGAAAUAUAUCAUUUGAGCUGCGCUCGUGUCGAAGUCCCCUUUUCUGUACGGUAUUUAUGUGGAAACUGAGUUUCUCUAGCAUUUUGCAAUAUUCAUUGACGUUCCUCCCAUUGCUUGUAAUUUCAUCUUCUCUUACUUGGGGUUCCUGACUGUUUCUUACUUGACAUACAAGUCUUCAAGGACUUUCUUGCAUAACCUGUCUCAAAUGUAGCAGUUAUAGUUCUAUAGUGUACAUCCUUGCAUCAUCGUCGUUGUCGUCAUACCUGUAUUGUAGUAAUUGUAAGUAGUAUGUCACAAGGAACUCAAAUCAAUCAUAUAUGAUAUUGUAUAGUCGCAACGUUUCAUACAGUUGAUCAGUU